AUGAAAGUCUUUGCUAGCUCUACCAGCAUCCAUGGUGAUCGUCUUCAGAAUCAGCGUGAGCAAGCGCUUCGUGAUUUCAAAAAUGGUAUUAGGAAUAUUCUCUCCCGUGGUUUAGAUGUUGCCCGUGUCAACUAUGUCGUAAAUUAUGAUUUACCAACUGAUAUUGAAGAGCAUGUUCAUCGUGUUGGUCGAACGGGCCGCGUGGGAAAUGUUGGAAAAUCAAUAAGGUUCUUUGAAGAAGAAAGAGUUGCUGGAGCUGGAGAGCUUGUGUGUUUGUUAACUAAGUCCAACGCCGAUGUACCGCCAUUGAUGCAAGCGAUCGUCCCAGGCAUGACGCGGUUGUCCUAGGAAUGGGUUACGAAUUUAGCGCCCCUUCGACUCAAGGGGGUUUUGCUAGACGAGAU